AUGGCGAAAAAAUUGGGCAAAAUUUACAAAGCUCCGAGGACAACCAGAAGCCCUCGUUGCUAUGUAAAGCACCCGAAAACAGUUUUUUUUUCAGCGAAUAAGGACUGCUCAGCCGAGACGCCAUAUAUUGUCUAUCCUACCAAACAGAUGCAUAAGAAGAUCAUCACCUCGUAUCCUGGCAUGAACUCAGUGGUUGCCUGUAUCGCAGCGUGCAUCGAUAACAGGAAGUGUAAAGCAGUGACCUACAAAGUCGGUCUGUGUAUUCUUCAUGGGGCAUCACCGGCAUCGGAUUCCUCGCUGCUUGUCGACGGCAGCGAACAGACGAUGGUUAUUGAAAAUGGCUGUCAGCUGACCACCGAAUUUCUUCCAUCACUGCUGUCUAAUAAUAAUAUUGGUCAGUAA